AUGGCGGACGUCCCAAAAAGGACGGGAAAGGCUGCAGUUAUUCUGACGAAAGGAUAUCAGACGCUAAGACUUUCUAGAAAGCCGUCCGCGGUGCGUGCUUAGCUGCGAGCGAAAUGGCAAAACAGCACCGGUGCUCGCAUCAUUUUAAAAAUUGCCGCUAGAUGGCCAUCCACCCGGUUUAGUCGGAAGGUGUUUUAUGGCUUGGUCGGAGCUGCGGCUAGGAUCCCCUUGGUCUACUACAUGGGGCAAACGUUGUCAGAGCCCGUCACUACCAAGGAAUCGGCGACUGUGGAGAAUUCCGUCUGGAAAGUCGGCUCAUCCUCCAUGCAGGGAUGGCGCGUGUCCAUGGAGGAUUCCCACACUCACAUUCUCUCUUUGCCCGAUGACCCGGGGACUUGUUUCUUUGGUGUCUAUGAUGGACACGGAGGUUGCAAAAUUUCCCAGCAUGUGGGCAAGCAUCUCCACAAAUACAUCAUUCAGCAAGAGGAAUACCUCAGAGGGAACAUUGAGGAGGCCAUCCGACUGGGUUUCCUGGAGAUGGAUCGGAUCAUGUCACACGACAUGGCUUUGAAAGAAGACUCUUCAGGAACAACAGCUGUAGUAGUUAUCGUGAAAGAUGGAAGACUUUUCUGCGGCAAUGUUGGAGAUUCGCGUGCUGUGGCAUCCCUGCGUGGCAUGGCAGAGGACUUGUCCAUGGACCACAAGCCAACCGGGGAGAAGGAGCUGACUCGGAUAGUGGCCGCCGGCGGGUAUGUGGAAUACUCGCGCGUCAACGGGAACCUGGCCCUAUCCCGGGCCUUGGGGGACUACGGGUACAAGCAGAAUGUCCUCAAGUCUCCCGAGGAACAGGUUGUCACUGCCAAUCCAGACGUGGAAGUUCGUCAACUGACCAACGAUUACGAGUUUGUUCUCAUUGCCUGUGACGGCAUCUGGGAUGUUUUGUCUAGUCAGGAUGCUAUAGAUUUUGUCCGUCAGCGGAUUGCUCAAGGACUAGAACCAGAAGCUAUUUGUGAAGCACUGCUGGAGCACUGUUUGGCACCUGACUUGUCCUUUGGAGGGUUGGGCUGUGAUAACAUGACUGUUAUUCUUGCUGUAUAUGUGAAUGGACGGCCUUAUGAGGAUGUCUUAUGUGUGCCAGUCAAGCUGGCUCUGCUUAGGACCAUUGAUGAUGCAUUGCCUAGCAAUGACAUGACAGAAUCCACUGCAAGCAUCACUUCAGCUGGCUUCACAACACCAGCUGAGGCUGACAGCAGCAAGCCAAGAAUGGAAUCAAGUGUGGAUCAGAAAGACAGAGUGGAAAAGGCAUGAUGUUGCUGGCAGAAAACACUGCUUCUUGGUCAAUGGGGAAUUUGCAUGAUCAACUCACAGGAGACAUAUGUCUAAACAAUUUGAGCAGAUCUGGAUCCAUCCAACCAUUGACUGGAGGACAUACUCCAUUAACUUCCUUUCUUCUGUGCUGGCUUGAAGUGAUAUUGGCACCAUUUUAUGUUCUCCCAUUGACAGGAACUGUUUGCAUUAUCUGAUUACAUUGAUGCUUCUUGUUUUUUUUAUGGCUCUAAGUUAUAUAUUGCCAAGCUCAAUUCUUGAACAUACUGGCAUAGUUGUUGCUGCAUUUACUUUUGAGUAAAGACAAGUUCCUUGCUUGACUGUUGAAGUAUGCUGGCCUUUUCUCAAUAAUGUAAGUUUAAUGCAUUUGAACCUUUUGGUCCC